UUUCCGCUCUGCUUGGGACAUGCCUGUCACAAAAUACCCGCCUCGCCAGCCUUCAGGCAGCCGCAUAGAGAUAUAGCUAUGUAUGGUAUGUGCUUUAGGGUUUGUUUGAUUUUCUGCAAGAGGGCAAAGGCUUUAGGCGCCGGUAAAUUGAUAAUAACUGGUACCCGGUAGAAGAUGUUAACGGUUCAGGCUGUCUGGUUGGCCGGAACUUUACACUCGGUCAGUGCUAGAGAUGCCCAGCGGAUCAAUAUCGCAGGUAACGCUGUCGAUGCGCCGGAAGGCGACUUCUCUGCGGCCUGCCCGAGAGACCUCCCGUCGACGUCAGUCGCCCUGUAGGUAAUGAAUAACGAGCACGACCGGUCCUGUGUCGGGUUGAACCUCAGCUCCACUGACACUGGCGGUUGAUGUUGCAGUGUAGCCGUCCUCAUUGAAAAUGGCAGCGGUACCUGGAGUGAGGGCUUUCCUCAGCCUCCGUCGAUCAGGGACAUUGCAACACAGUUUUGGGCUCAUUAAAGUACAGUUGAGAUCAACGUGCCUUCCCAGGAGGCUUUGCAGUGCUCCUACAAAAAGUAACGAGCCAAAGCUGCCGGUGAACCCAGAGAACGAAUCUCUGCUGGAGAACCUGAAUCUCAUGGGAGUUGAUGUGAAGAUGGCACGCCAGCGUCAGCCGGGGGUGCUUCGUAAAGCUUUCACCAACGAGCAGGGCCUCGCUCAGUUUCUGCAAGGCAAAGGUGCCAGCCGCAAAGUAAUCGCCAGCAUCAUAUCCCGUUAUCCCCGUGCUAUCACCCGCUCAAUUGAACACUUGGAACAGCGCUGGGAGCUGUGGAGAAACAUCUUCAAGACGGAUGCAGAAAUUGUGACCAUCCUGGAUCGCUCACCUGAGUCUUUCUUCCGGUCCAGUGAUAAUGGGAACUUGGAGAAGAACAUAGCUUUUCUGACCUCGCUGGGACUGAACACCAAAGAUCUCCACCGACUGCUGACCACAGCGCCGCGGACAUUCUCCAACAGUUUAGAGCUCAACAGGCAGAUGGUGGAGUUUCUGGAAGACAUCUGUGCAGAGCUUGGUGGGAAAAAUCCAGAGCAGUUUGUCAAAGUUGUCAUAUCCAGAAACCUUUACAUUCUCAUCCGAAGCACAAAAAGAGUCAAGACCAACAUUGAUAACCUGAGAGCCUCUCUUAAGCUGAGUGAUUCAGAGCUGCUGGCACUUUUGCAGGGCCCUGGGGCAGAAAUUCUGGACCUUUCAAAUGAGUAUCUGAAAAAGAAUUUUAACAGCCUUCAGCAGAAGAUGGCUUCUCUUGGCUGUCGGAAAGUUGACAUAAAAAAACUGAUCAUUAGCUAUCCGAUGGUUCUGUACAUUGGGCCAGACACAUUGAGCUGUAAACUUGACUGUCUCCUGAAAGGAGGAAUCACAAUGAAGCAGAUACUUGAGAAGCCCAAGGUUUUGGACUACAGCACACAGAACAUUACAGGGCGACUAGAGGAGCUGCAGAGAGUGGGAUAUGACUUCCAGAAGAAUGGCAUCAACAUCCUGGACUCCAGCCGAAAGCGGUUUGUUGCAAAGAUAGAAAAACUUGCUGCCACACCAGAUGACUGAAUGUAGUUGCUUGUAAUGUUAGACAGUGUUAGAGGCUGUUUUUACCUGAACUUGGCUUCAGGAUAGUCAUGUCUUCUGCUUUAAACAUUUAUUCAUUCGUCAUGACAAAUAUGAUUUCUGACUUCACUGAUGUCUCUUUCAUAAUAUUUCAAUAUACUCUGCGACUAACUUCAUUAUCUGUUAAUCUGCCAAUAAAGUUUUGUGAUUAAUUGUUUGGUCUCUAAAAUCUCAGAAAAUAGUGCACAUGACGAUCACAACUUCCUAAAGCCCAUGGUGGCAUCUUCAAAUUUCUGGUUUUGCCAACCAACUGUCCAAAGACUGAAGAUACUCAGUUUACCGUCACAUAAAAUAAAGAAAGCAGCAAAUCUUCACAAUUUAAAAGCUGGUAGUUGUGAAUGUUUGGCUUUUUUGAAAAAUGACUUAAAUGAUUAAUCAAGUAUCAAAUUUCCAUUGACUCAUUAAUUAAUUGACUAUUAAGUGUUUCCGCUAUAAUAUUGAGUAUUUAUUGACAAGAAUGGUAUUUUUGAAACAUUGACAGCUGUUAAGAAAUUCCGUCCCCCUUAAUAUGCACAUGCAUUAAUGUAAGAUUUUUUUUUUUCUUGUUCAAAUUGUUGUAAAUGACUCUGCAUUUUAGAGAACUGAAUUCAUGUGAAGAUGCAAUCUUGAAAUAAAGGUGAUGUCCGGACAAGGGCAUAACAUCUGA